CUCUGGCAGGCAGCUCUGGCCACGCUCAACCCCAACCCCACGGACAGCUGUCCCCUCUACCUGAACUGUGCCACAGUGGCAGCCCUGCCUUCCAGGGUGAGCCGGCACAACAGCCCUUCUGCCGCCCACUUCAUCACCAGGCUUGUGCGAACCUGCCUGCCUCCUGGAACCCACCGGUGCAUCCUGAUGGUCUGUGAGCAGCCUGAGGUUUUUGCCUCUGCCUGUGCCCUGGCCCGGGCCUUCCCACUCUUCACACACCGCUCAGGGGCAUCCCGGCGCACGGAGAAGAGGACCGUCAUGGUGGAGUUCUUCCUGGUGGGACAAGACAAUGGCCCGGUGGAAGUGUCCACCUUGCAAUGUUUAACCAAUGCCACAGAAGGCGUGAGGCUAGCUGCCCGCAUUGUGGACACACCGUGCAAUGAGAUGAACACAGACAUCUUCCUUGAGGAAAUUAGCCAAGUUGGAAAGGAGUUGGGGAUCACCCCUACCAUCAUCCGGGAUGAGCAGCUGAAGACCAGAGGAUUUGGAGGAAUCUAUGGGGUUGGCAAAGCCGCCCUCCAUCCGCCUGCUCUGGCAGUCCUCAGCCACACCCCUGAUGGAGCCACGCAGACCAUUGCCUGGGUGGGCAAGGGCAUCGUCUAUGAUACCGGUGGUCUCAGCAUCAAAGGGAAGACCACUAUGCCAGGGAUGAAGCGAGAUUGUGGGGGUGCCGCAGCCAUCCUGGGAGCCUUCAGAGCCGCCAUCAAGCAGGGUUUCAAAGAUAACCUCCAUGCUGUGUUCUGCUUGGCUGAGAAUGCGGUGGGCCCCAAUGCCACCAGACCUGAUGACAUUCACCUUCUGUACUCAGGAAAGACUGUAGAGAUAAACAACACAGAUGCUGAGGGCAGGCUGGUGCUAGCUGAUGGGGUAUCGUAUGCUUGCAAAGACCUGGGAGCUGACAUCAUCGUGGACAUGGCCACACUGACGGGAGCACAGGGCAUUGCCACAGGGAAGUACCAUGCAGCCGUGCUCACCAACAGUGCCGAGUGGGAGGUAGCCUGCGUGAAGGCUGGCCGGAAGUGCGGGGAUCUGGUUCACCCACUGGUCUACUGCCCCGAGCUGCACUUCAGCGAGUUCACCUCUGCCGUGGCUGACAUGAAGAACUCCGUGGCGGACCGAGACAACAGCCCCAGCUCCUGUGCUGGCCUCUUCGUUGCUGCACACAUCGGAUUUGACUGGCCUGGGGUCUGGGUCCAUCUAGACAUCGCAGCUCCGGUGCAUGCUGGCGAGCGAGCCACGGGCUUUGGUGUGGCUCUCCUACUGGCACUUUUUGGCCGUGCCUCUGAGGACCCGCUGCUGAACCUGGUGUCCCCAUUGGGCUGUGAGGUGGACGCCCAGGAGGGCGAUGAUGUGGGGCGUAACUCGAAGAGACGCAGGCUCGUGUGAGCGUGUGAGCGCUGCUUCCCAGCUGGUGACGUGGUUCCUUACCUCACUGUACACUGACUGAUUUGAAGUAAUUGGAAGAUUAGACCUUGAGAUGAGUUUGGCUUCUCCUUCUGUAACCUGUGGUGGUGGGUGUGGCUGCUCUUCUCUUAGAAGACAGUGUAGGGUUUGGUGGGGUCCGGGGAAGAUUGUCACAGACCUCCUAGGUCGGCUUCUGCAAACUCACUGUCCCUUGUCCCACACCUGGUCUUUCAAACCACCUCAGGUCACCUCUGUAGUGAGUGCGCUUCCUGAUCCAGGCCCUUGCUCUAGCUGAGGCUCACUGGGGUGGCCAGCCAGCCUAUGUCUUGAUAGAUGUGACUGACUGUUAGAGACCCUGUUCUGUGAAGCAGGAAGAGCCUCAUGGCCCCCUCCAGUUCACUUGAAGUUGAAUUAAAUACGACCACAACA